AUGGACUAUAGAACUAAUAUCACAGAAUUUGUUCUUCUAGGACUUUCUCAGACAAAAGAAAUACAAGCUCUCUGUUUUGUCUUAUUUUUACUUUGUUACAUUGCAAUUUUAUUUGGGAACCUACUUAUCAUGAUUUCUGUCACAUGUAGUCACCUUAUCAAUCAACCCAUGUAUUUCUUUCUGAGUUACCUCUCAUUCUCAGAUCUGUGUUACACCUCCACUGUGACCCCCAAGCUGAUCAUCGACUUAGUAGCCACACGAAAGUCAAUUUCCUACAACGGCUGCAUGACACAGCUCUUCACCAUGCACUUCUUCGGGGGCAUUGAGGUCUUUAUCCUCACAGGAAUGGCCUACGACCGUUACGUGGCCAUCUGCAAACCCCUGCACUACACCAUCAUCAUGAGCAGGCGAAAGUGCGAUGCGGUGAUAGCUGCUUCCUGUGCUGGGGGAUUCCUGCAUUCCUUUGGUCAAUUUCUCCUGGCCGUAUUCUUACCUUACUGUGGCCCAAAUGAAAUAGAUCACUACUUCUGUGAUGUGUACCCUCUGCUCAAACUGGCCUGUACAGACACCAGAAAUAUUGGUUUCUUGGUUAUUGCUAACUCUGGCCUGAUGGGCUUAGUGACUUUUGUGGUCUUGUUGAUAUCGUAUGCUGUGAUCAUAUAUACUGUCCGGUCUUACUCUGCAGAGAAUCGUCGCAAAGCCCUUUCCACUUGCAGUUCCCACAUAACUGUGGUGGUCUUAUAUUUUGUACCUUGCAUAUUUGUGUACAUGAGACCUGCAACUACAUUAUCCAUUGAUAAAGAGGUUGCUAUUUUUUAUACUGUAAUAACUCCCAUGCUAAAUCCAUUAAUCUACACCUUGAGAAAUAGUCAGAUGAAAAAUGCCAUUAAGAUAUUUUUUAGUAGAAAAAUUCAGUCAGAGGACAAAUAA